AUGGAAGUGAAAGAGGAGAGUCAAGCUGAAGUGGAUGAGAAACAUCAGAUUGUAAAAAUAAACCAUAAUGUUUCACAGAAAGAAACUCUGAAAACAGAAGACAUAAAGUGUGAAAAUAGUUUCAGUGAAGAUGAACGCCCUGAAGAUCACAAGAGGACUCACAGUGAGGAGAAACCUUUCACUUGUCAACAGUGUGGAAAGAGUUUCACAAGAAAAGUUUACCUUAAAGCACACAUGAGGAUUCACACGGGAGAGAAACUAUUCAGAUGUCAACAGUGUGAAAAGAGUUUCACUUUUCAAUCGAGCCUUAGCAAGCACAAGAAAGCUCACAUGGUGGGAAAGCAACACGCGUGCCAGCAUUGUGACAAGAGUUUCCCAUAUAAAAGUGAACUUCAGAUACACGUAAGACUUCACACUGGAGAGAGACCUUACACAUGUCAUCUGUGUGGAAAGAGUUUCACAAGUAAAGGUGUUCUUAGGAAACACAUGAGAAUUCACACUGAAGAGAAACCAUUCACUUGUCAUCUGUGUGAAAAGAGUUUCAGAAGUAAAACUGAGCUUAAGCGUCACACAAGAAUUCACACUGAAGAGAAACCAUUCACGUGUCAUCUGUGCGGAAACAGUUUCCAAAAUAAAAGUAACCUUAAGUUUCACACAAGAAUUCACACUGGAGAGAAACCGUUCACAUGCCAUGAGUGUAAAAAAAGUUUCAGAAGGAAGAGUACCUUAACAGCACACAUGACAAUUCACACUGGAGAGAAACCUCACGCAUGUCUUCAGUGUGAAAAGAGUUUCAUAGAUAAACGUGGACUUGAGAUUCACAUGAGAAGACACACUGGAGAGAAACCUUACAUAUGCUCUCAGUGUGAAAAGAGUUUUACAAGCAAACGCACUCUUAAGGCACACAUGAAAGUUCACACUGCUGCAAAACCAUUCGCAUGUCAUCACUGUGCAAAAGUUUUUAUAACGAAACGUGACCUUAAUAUACAUGUGAGUAUUCACUCUGGAGAGAGACCGUUCACUUGUCAUCACUAUGGAAAGAGUUUUAAAGUAAAAAAUGAACUUAAAAGACACCUAAAAAUUCACACUGGAGAGAAACCUUACACUUGUCAUCUGUGUGGAAAGAGUUUCAGAAAAAUUUUUUACCUGAAAAUACACAGUAGGACUCACACAGGAGAGAAACCUCACACAUGUCUUCAUUGUGGAAAGAGUUUCAGUUUGGAGUUUAUUCUUAAGAAACACAUGAUAACUCACAGUGAAAAGAAACCUCACGCAUGUCCUCAAGAGUUUCAUAUAUAAAAGUCUACUUGAGAUUCACAUGAGAAGUCACACUGGAGAGAAACCUUACAUAUGCUCUCAGUGUGAAAAGAGUUUUACAAGUGAAGUUGCUCUUAAGACACACAUGAGAAAGAUAGAACAUAAGCAGUAAAAGUGCCUAUCUAAUAGAAAUUAUAACCAUUAUAACAUCAGUCACAUUUAUAAUCUAUAGACCUGCGCUGUCUAUUAAUAUACUAUACAUAGCAUUGUAUUAUAUUGAGUUUGAUAAAAGGGGUCUAAUCGCGUCAUAUAUCAGUGCAAAAACAGUAAGUGUUUUCGUGGUGCAUUGACAAACAGUGUCAGCUUUGUUUAUGGCAAAGAAAGUUUGGGGUUUUUAGAUUAAUGAACUAUAAUGUGAAAUUAAUAUAAAUUUUUAAUAAAUCAAAGUAUUGUGUUGUGUCACACAUUAUUAGUUCUUCGUCACAUGUAUAGUAGACCAUUAUUUGUCAGUGGGUAAUGACCGGCUACCACCACAAGUAAAUUUCAGAUCUUUGGGAAACACUGCAACGUUUAAGAAAACAAGGCGGCAUGUGGUUUAAAAGAUGGCAAGUAAGAUAAAAAACAUAUCUGUAUGCAAUACAGUUUCAUUAUUAUCCAGAGCGCCUUAAUAUAACUUGAAAAAAAUAUGUGCGACCAAAUCAUAUUUUGCGCCAGUAACUGAAAAAGUUGGUAGCGCAAGUGCCACCAGUGGAAAAGGUUAGUGUAGUUCCCUGCAUAGCGUUGUGUGUUCUUUCCAUACAACUCAAUUUUGGUUUCAUCUGUCCACAUAAUGUUUUGUCAGUAGUGCUGUGGAACAUCCAGGUGCUCUUUUGCAAACUUCAAAUGUGCUGCAAUGUUUUUUUUUGGACAGCAGUGGCUUUCUCCGUGGUGUCCUCCCAUGAAGUCCAUUCUUGUUUAAUGUUUUCCUUAUUGUAGAUUUGUCAACAAAAAAUGUUAGCAUGUGCCAGAGAUUUCUGUAAGUCUUUAUUUAGCUGACACUCUAGGAUUCUUCUUCACCUCAUUGAGCAUUCUGCGCUGUGCUCUUUCAGUCAUCUUUACAGGACGACCACGCCUAGGGAAUGUAGCAACAGUGCUGAACUUUCUCCAUUUGUAGACAAUCUGUCUUACCGUGGACACAUGGACAUCAAGGCUUUUAGAUAUACUUUUGUAGCCCUUUGCAGCUUUAUGUUAGUCAACAAUUCUUGAUCGUAGGUCUUUUGAGAGCUCUUUUGUGUGAGGCAUGGUUCACAUCAGACAAUGCUUCUUCAGAACAGCAAACUCAAAACUGGUGUGUGUUGUUUUUUAUUGGACAGGGCAGCUUUAAUCAACACAUCCAAUCUCAUCACAUUGAUUGGACUCCAGGUUGGCUGACUCCUGACUCCAAUUAGCUCUUGGAGAAGUCAUUAGCCUAGGGUUUCACAUACUUUUUCCACCCUGCACUAUGAAUGUUUACAUGUUGUGUUCAAUAAAAACAUGAAAACGUAUAA